ACAUGGCAAAAAAAGUUUGUGAACACCCCUUCUGAUAAGUGAGUUUGGCUACUUCAGCCACCGCCAUUGCUAACAGGUGCAUAAAAGCUAGCAUACAGCCAUUCCGUCUCUAUUGGCAAACAUUGGCAGUAGAAUGGGUCAUACUGAAGAGCUCCGAGACUUUCAACGUGGCACUGUCAUAGGAGGCCACCUUUCUAACAAGUCAGUUCAUCGAAUUUCUGCCCUGCUAGGGCUGACCCAGUCAACUGUAAGUGCUGUUAUUGUGAAGUUGAAACGUCUAGGAGCAACAACAGCCUUGGUUGUUGGACUCACAAUAGUUGUUGGACGGUUGCAACAGACACUAGAGUUUCAAACUACCUAACUACUAACCAACGUCAGCACAAGAACUGUUCGUUCAGAGCUUCUUGAAAUGGGUUUCCAUGGCUGAGCAGCUGUACACAAGCCUAAGAUCACCAUGUGCAAUGCCAAGCGUCGGUUGGAGUAGUGUAAAGCACACCGCCAUUGGACUCUGGAGCAGUGGAAACAUAUUCACUGGAGUGAUGAAUCAUGCUUCACUAUCAGACAGUCUGACAGGAAUCUUGGUUUGGCAAUUGCCAGGAGACUGUAAGGAGUGCCAUAAAAGUUGGGUGGAGUAGGAACAAUGGUCUGGCUGUUUUUUUUUUUGUUUGUUUUUUCGUGGUUUGGACAAGGUCCCUUAUUUCCAGUAAAGGUAAAUCUUUAUGCUACAGCAUACAUUGACAUUCUAGAGAAUUGUGUGGUUCCACUUUUGUGACAACAGGUUAGGGAAGGCGCUUUUGUGUUUCAGCAUUACAACGCCUCUGUGCACAAAGUAAGGUUCAUAAAGAAAUGGUUUGUUGAGCUUGGUGGGGAAGAACUUGACUGGCCUGUACAGAGCCCUGACCUCAACCCCAUCAAACACCUUUUGUGAUGAAUUGGAAUGCCCAUGGUUUUGGAAUGAGAUGUUCAACAAGAACCUAUGGGUGUGAUGUACUUUUGGUCAUGUACACAUCACUCUGUGUUGUGUAUGUGUUAUGCAGUAAAUCUUGCGACUUUGAAUCACAUGGAAUCGCAGUGUAUUGGGGCGGUGAGCUCAGAUCACGCUCAGCAAAAUUCAGACGGCUGGAAUGUUCAUCCCUUCAUAAUGAAACGGGACAAUGGCGGCACUCUGCUAUUGUUGACGCUGGCUCGUGCCUCCGGGGGACGUCUGACAAAGCUCCCGUUAAAACGCCGCUAUUUUAUCUGCCCUAAACACGCCUCUCGGUGACAACACCGUAAGCUCACUGUUUACCAUCAAGCUACUAGACUGGAAAAAAAGGUCAAUGGGGACUGGCACCGCCGCGUGUUUACGCAGGUGAAAGGUGGAGCCGCGUAAAGCAGCCGUGAUGGGCGCUGGAUGCUUUCCCAACGCAUGAAUGUAAAACCGCUCGAGCCCGAGAAUCCCUGAAUAGUCCAGCAGCCAGGAGCGGUGAGAUUGGACAGGAAGCUGGCUAAGUAAUUGCCUGUUAUCAUUUUUCUAAAUUUAUUUUAUUUUAUUUGGUAACAUGGCUGCAAAAACGCUACUGCUUUUUGUGGCUAUCUUCUUCACUACAGACGCAAGGGCCAAAUCUGGGCAAUAUAGAAGGCCAUCGUGUGGAGGCAUGAGCGAGACUCAGGCUUGUCCCCUAAACUACUCUCCUGUGUGUGGCACUGAUGGGAUCACCUACCCCAACGAGUGUGCGCUGUGUGUCCAGAGAUUGGAAACCAAAGCAGACAUCUUGAUCAUGAAGGAGGGAACAUGCUAAAGAGGCAAGAUGGCUCGCAACUCUGGGAAUGAUGAUGUCAUCUAAUGAAUCAGUCUCACCUCGGACCUCUAAUUAAGCAGCGAAUCAUCCUUUGGUUAUUGGUACAAUGUUGACUCAUAGAUAACCCGUAGAAUCGAUCCACCCGAUUGAACAAAUUCUCGGGCCCGAUCGGAUUGCUGUGAUGGAAUUACUUAAUGUGCCACAGGUUAGACAUAUUUUGAUGCAGAAUAAUUUGUUUGUAAUAUUUUUAUGUGUAAUAUUUAUGUCAAAAUCCAUAUAGAUUUAAGUAAAACUGAGUAGUGUGGUAAAAGGUUGUUUUUUUUUACUUUAUAAGUUUACUGCCUCACAAGAAAUCAGUAUCCACUAAAUUUUAAAUGCUGAAGGUUGUAGCCAGUUGUGCAAAGCAUGUACGGCCACUGUUUACAUCAAAGAAUAAAAUCUAGAACAACUACCCAUUUACAAACAAUGUGGCAUUUCCACUUUAACAGUCUGAGGCCCUGAGAUCUAUUCUUUGUGAAGUGUCAUAACUGAGUUUCAUUCCUUCUGUCUGCACUGUGAUCCCAUCUCUAUUUGUACCCCUCUCUGAUUUCCCCCGUCUAAAUAAAGUGGAAAAAAAUACUCAAGGAA